AUGCCACAGCGGUACCAGGCCUGCUUGAGAUCCUACCCCUUGGCAGAGUUCGAGCUGAGCAAAGCAGUGCCAGAAGCCAGCAAAUGGCCAGCAACGAUUGCACAAGCAGGACAACGCAUGGCCAUGGCAUUGCAAUUGAAAAACGCACUGGAACUUCGUUUGACCAAGAGGAAGCUGAACACGUCGCACACCUAUGAUGGCUUCAAGUCUCGCAGAAAGACCUGUUCCACUCAUGGAAGCUCGGCCUCUGGGACCCCAAAAGUUAGAAGACUCGACAGUUCGUCCGCCCAGUCGACCGAGAGAUCCCAGGCGAGCCAGAGAGAGGAUGAUGAAGAGGCCAAGAAAUCAGUGGCGCUUCAGCCACCGCUAUGUGAGAAUGAAUGGAUUCGCUGGAUUCGCAAAGUUUGGCCUCCGCACGCUUGAUGCUGCUGGAUGCAAAAUGUAAAUACUUCGUCGCAUGUGCUUGUCAUCCAACUCUCAGAGCUUUGCUGAUGCAGUUGCUUUGAGUGUUGAGACUGUUUGCAAGCUGCCAUCAUUGUUAGAUCUACUGCUAUCAUACUAUGUAGCAAAUGAUUAAAUUGACCAAUGGUGUAUGGUGGCAUGAUGCGGAAUAUGAUGAAACGGUGGGAGACUAGUGCCUUGUCAAGUCUUGCCCCACAUCGGGCCGCCAAGAAUUAAUUGCAUUUGGUUCGGAGCCAUGUGCCAGCAAAACCCGGAUCCAAGCCCCGCUAAUCUUAGAUUGACAUUGUACUUUUGAAAUGAUCCUCCUCUGUGAGAGCCGAGUUAAGCCCUGCAAAUGGAUUAUCGGACAUGUCCAAAAAUCAGCAACUUGGAGAUCCA